AUGAUCUUCCCCGCCUCCAGGUCCUCCACGCGGCAAAGGACAUGCGGGACCAGUUGGGGCUCCAAGGAGGUCAAGUCCCAGCCCCCCGCAGGUGGGCCUUGUAAGGAAGAUGCCUCUGGGUCUCGCGAGAGGUGGGCUUCGGCGCCAGCUGGCCGAUCUCUCAUGGCUGCUCUUCAGGAGUGGUCAAGCUGGAGGUAUAAGGACAGUUUCCUCAGGUUAAUUCUUAAACGAGGGAGUCACAAACUGCUCCAGAAAGUCCAGGUUGGCCGGAAGCCAGCAUUCGGCUGGGUCUUGGAGGUGCUCCUGGGUCAAGCGGGGCAUAUCAGAUGUGACUGCGGUGAGAGCAAGCGCAGCCCAUGCAUUCGGUUUCCCUGCUCGCCCGCCGCCCCUGCGGUGCAGAACGUGGUCUUACCACUGAGUCAUGUCCAUCCGCUGAGGCUAAGCCAGAGCUAUUUCCUCACAGGGGAUGAAAAACCAUCGUGCCAUGUAACUAGUACCAGAGUGUGA